CUCCCUCCUCCUUCCCUCUCCCCUCCAUAUUCUCCUCCUCGUCCUUCACCCUUCCCCUUCUUGUCUUCUCCUUUUCUUUCACUCAAUUUAAUGUUUUUCUAAAAAUCGCCGCGGAUCCUCACUUUGCCAGCAAGAUCAUCUAGUGCCCGGGAACGCCCCACUUCCUUCCCUCCACCCCGCCCUACGGUUCCCCUUCCUCCCCAGUCUCAGGACGCAGCACAGCACCUCCUGCUGACCACAGCCAGAGCGAGCCCUCGCGUUUGCACGCGGGCAUCCUAACCACAGACAGGGGUGAGACCGAUCCCCGGGUCCCUCAGAGCGGGGAGCCGUGCUCUCCACGGCCCAGCUCCACUCUGGAUUUAAGAGGCACGUCUUUCUGUUUCUAUGGUUUAGGAGACCGGCUUUGUGGCAAAAGCACCCUUUAGUUUGGGCUCACCCCUGAAGUCUCCAGAAUUUUAAGGACACAUCAAAAAGCUUUGGCAUGCAUAAAGGGCUAUGUUAAGUGACCAAGUCUUUUCCCUAAAAUUGGUUAGGAAAUAUCCUAAGGGUAGACAGCUGAUUCCAAGAAACCCUUUAAAGUGACAUUAUCAAGUGGCUACCGGGGCGCUGGGGAUUUUGAGAGCAGCGAGGGUGAGCCACCCCCCAGAGCUGGCUGCGUGGGGAUUUCCCAGGAGGCUCCGCUCAGUUGAGUCACAAGUUCUGUGUUUGACCUGUGGUCUUCGGGAGCGAGCUGCAGAACAUCACUGAGCUUCUGGAGGAGCAGAAGGUUUUUUGCUGCCCUGAGAUCACAGUGUCGUGCGCAUGCGAGACUUUGUCAUGGGGAAUAGCUGUUACAGUGUGGUGGUAACUGUGCUGUUGGUGGUGGGCGCUGAAAAGCCUAGAGCCCUGCGGGAUUCCUGUGACAGGUGUGAAGCCGGUACCUUCUGCAAGAAAGACACUCCGGUUUGUUCCAGGUGUCCGGCAAGCACCUACUCCAGCAAGAGUGGACAGCUUUACUGCAACAUCUGCAGAGUGUGCGAAGGUUAUUUCAGGUUCAAGAAGCUUUGCUCCCCGACCAGUGACGCAGAGUGUGAGUGCAUCGAGGGACUCCACUGCCUGGGACCAAAGUGUGCCUGGUGUGAAAAGGAUUGCAAGCCGGGUCAAGAGUUAACAGAGCAGGGUUGUAAAAACUGUGGCUUUGGGACAUUUAACGAUAAGAACGGUCAUGGCGCCUGUCGGCCCUGGACAAAUUGCUCUCUGGAAGGAAAACUUGUGCUGAAGGAGGGGACCUCGGAGGCAGAUGUGGUCUGCGCGCUUGCUUCAGUCGGCUCCUCUCCAGGUGCUCCGACCACCGCCACGCCUGCCCGGUUGAGAAAACCAGAAGAAGGGCACCCCUGGCAGUUCCUCACCCUGUUCCUGGCACUGACGUCGGCCAUGCUGCUGCUGUUCCUGAUCCUCAUCGUCCUCAGGCUCUUGGCGGUCAAACGGGGCAGAAAGAGAUUGCCCUACCUGUUCAAGCAACCAUUUAAGACGGCUCAAGAGGAAGAUGCCUGCAGCUGCCGAUUUCCAGAGGAAGAAGAAGGAGGAGGCUAUGAGCUGUGAUGUGGCAGCGCAGGAGAUGUGGGGGGUCCCUCAGGAGCAGUGAGGAGCAGCACAAGGACCCCGCUGUGCUGUUCUCAAACAUCCUAGACAAUGUGUAGACAAGCACCCCGCCCAAACCCCUUCUAAUGCUAAUGUAUUUGUCCUCACUAUUUUAAAAUUAUUUUUAUUUUUAAA